AUGGAGCUGCAGCCUGUGUCCAAGUCUGGCGCCACGGCUGAUCGUCUUGAAGACCAACAAGCCCCUGAUCGGUCUUUCGCCCCAAAGACGCAAGAUGCGCACGAAGCAGCAUUGAUAGACGCUGAUGUCAAGAUCCAUGUCACAAAAUCUACCUACCUUGCGGUUUUCUUCCUAGGUUUUACUUUCCAGCCAUCUCUUACCUUCAUCUGUCUAUUUGUGUUCCCGGUCGUCGUCCCAAUAGAAAUGGAGCUACAGGGAUCCACUUACAAUUCCAACUGGCUAGCAUCGAGCCGGUCUCUCGCCGGAAGCAUAGCCUUUGCACUUGCAGGACAGAUGAGCAAUUACUUUGGGCGGAGAUAG